UUUUUAUUCAAGCCGUCAUCAUUGAUCCGAAGCGGAGGAAUGUUGCUCUGGUCGCUGCGUUGGAAGAACGGUGUAUUUUUCCGAAAAUGUCUUCUUGCUAACUACAUUUGGACCACGUUUAACUGAUUUGGAAGUUUUAAUUUUUUUUAUUUUGCGAUAAUGGAGAGCUGAGGCAACGUCAGAAGACCAUUGAAGUAUUUUUACUCAGUGUUUUCGCAACUACAUUGAACUUUGAAAUCAAACUAUCAUCUGCAUGUCUGCGAUCACGCUGAGACAUUCAAACAUGGGUCACCACACAGAGAAGAGCCAAUAUGAGGAACACAGCUGAAGCAAACCUGGAUAUUAUUUAUCAACAACAGCUGCUGAGGUGGGAAAAUAAAAAGACAAACGGCAAAAGACGAAUACAUACAAAAUAAAGAUUUAUUAUUUUGGUCAUCCCGUGGCUGGUAACUGACACACUAAGAAAUGGGUUCUAGCCUGACGUGUGCGGGCGUGGUUUGGGCUCUGCUCUCUUUCCUGUGUGCGGCUGCCUCCUGCGUGGGUUUCUUUAUGCCUUAUUGGCUCCUGGGCUCCCAGAUGGAAAAACCGGUCUCCUUCGGGACCUUCCGGCGUUGCUCAUACCCGGUACGUGAUGAGGCUCACCAGGCCACAAUCAUGCUGGAGCAGUGUGGGCGCUACGCCUCGUUCCAGGGCAUCCCAAGCCUGGAGUGGAGGAUCUGUACGGUGGUGACAGGGACGGGUUGUGGCCUGCUGCUGCUGGUGGCCCUCACAGCUCUCAUGGGCUGCUGUGUGUCCGACCUAAUCUCCAGGACCAUAGGACGCGUGGCUGGGGGCAUCCAGUUUGUUGGGGCCUUGCUGAUUGGGUCAGGGUGUGCGCUCUACCCUCUAGGCUGGGACAGCGAGGAAGUCCGACAGACAUGCAGCAACAGAUCAAACCAGUUUGAGCUCGGUUCCUGUGAGAUUGGCUGGGCGUUCUACUGCACAGGAGCAGGGGCAGUGGCGGCCAUGACAGUGUGUACCUGGAUGGCUUGCUUUGCCGGGAAGAGACAGAAGCAUUACCCCUACUGAGGUCAUCAAGCCUAGGAAGGCCAUCGAGAACGGACUCUGAUCAAAUGUGUCCUCAUCUGGCAUUUAGGAGAUGUAGAGCAUGAGUGAACAUCUUGGGAUACCGUCUGCCUGCACGCUUUCUACCCAUCUUUCCUAAGCGAAGAAAUGCACCCCAUGGUGGUUUCUAAUGUGGCAGCAGAAACCAAAUCCAUGCCGCAUUCUCAAUGAGACACUCCGUAUUCCCGCAGUGCACUUCAAAGAGGGGAGUCUACAACUCUUUUCGCCUGGUCUCUCUUUUAUUCUGUGUUAUAAUUCUUUAUGGUAACUGAAGUAGUGGCACAAGUAGUUAAAAUAAGUGAUGUUACUUUUGAUGUUACUUUUUAUUCUGAAUAUUAUAUAUACUGUAUUCAAUGAAUAUGUUAUAUACCUCCAUGGUGGCCUAGUAUUGCCCCAAAUAUAUUAACGUUUAUUGGUCAUUUUAAACAUAUUACAUCAGUAAAUAUUUACUGUAGAUCUAUAUAGAGGAAAUUUUAAAGUCCCCUGUCAAAUAUGUUCAAUGUAUGUUUUUCCGUAUGGUGUACUGUAUUAUUAAAAAAACAUAGCCACACA